GAAAUUUGUUGUAUUAAUAUCUCAUUCUGUCGAGAAGGCAACCUGAGUAUUUUGCUGUAAACUGGUUGCACUCACUAAACUGUUUAACUUCUGCAACAACUAAAGAAUGCUUUUUACCAAAGACCCAAGAAGAUUUCGAAAUUUAGAGGAAUGCUGGGACAGCUCUAACCUAAAGGAAGAUGAGUUUGAAGAAUUUUGUGUUUACAUUGUUCAUGACCGAGCAUGCGAGCGAGUGUGUCCAAACAGGGCUCAAGCAUCCCUACCCAGGAACUUGACCCUGAAACCCUCACAAAACCAAGUCAACAAUGGUUUGGGAGUGUGGAGUCUUGACUAUAUACCCAGGGGAACGAGGUUUGGACCCCUUGUCGGAGAAGUGUUUUCCCGCGAGCCAUUCUCUAGAAAAGACUCGGACAGAAUUUCUCUUUGGAAGGUUUUCAAAAAUAACAAUGUCUACCAAUUUCUGGACAAUAGUGAUGUAACUCGUAGUAACUGGAUGCAUUACACCAACUUUGCGUACACCGCAGCCCAGCAGAACUUAAUUGCGUGUCAAAUCGACUUCAACAUAUACUUCUACACAACCAAGCCGAUCCCCCCAAACACAGAACUGAUGGUGUGGUACUGCAGGGAGUAUGCUGACCGUCUCAACUGUCCCCUCACAGGGGAGGAAAUGCUCCAGAACUGGAGACGGCAGUACAUUGAGAGACAGAUCACUAUGCCAAAACCCCUUCUUCCUCUACCUAUCUGCCACAAUGCAUUCAAACCCGAGCUAGAUGAUCCAAAGUUCUGUCCAGAAAAAAUCACCAAGGAGUCCAAAACUGAAAGCAGUAAUACCAGCCGGGACGAUGGUUACGCCAUUGACUACAGUCUGCACAAGAGGGAUGGCAGCCCCUCAAGUGAGGAGAUGGAGAGGAGCCGAGAGGAGAGGAACAGAUCGGAGGACAUGGAAAUAAUCCCCUCACCCACCAAAUCUCCUCCCCCUAGUUACAUGAGGGAGAGACUGUCUCCCAUCUCUGCCUUCCAAGCUAGUUCUUUGCCGUCUGCUUUCCAACCAAAACCUGCCAUGGCUCACAGCACGCCUAAAAAGUCAUCAAGUGCUGUGUUUGAUAGUCUUCUGAUGAAAAAGAUGAAGGAAAAUGGCGAGGAUGUUCCUGAUAAAAUGCUGAAGGGGGAUAUGUCCUCUCUGGACUUCAAAUCACCCAAUGAAAUCAAACCACAGAUCUCUCCAGCCCAUGAGCCAAAAAUCAAAACAGAAGAAUCUAGUCCGAAGGAUCUGAAAGAUCGUGCACCAUUUCCAGAUCAGUUCAACCCUUUCAAUCCAUUCUUUUACAAAUUCAUGCAGCCAAACCCCAUGAUGGACAACAAAAACAAUGUGCCACUGCACCCAUACAUGGGCCGUCCAGAGGACAACAAAUUUAUGUCCAAGAUGCCUCCUCAUUCAGGUCCACCAUUGUAUUUUCCUACUCCAUCCAUGCCUUAUCUUCCAGCCAUGUAUCCAUUUGGUCCUUACCCAGGAAUGCCAUGGCAGAUGUUUCCUCCACCCUUCCAACAGAUAGGAAACCAGCAACCCCCUAUGACAUUUCAUCCACGUCCCAUGAUGCCCCAGCCAGAACAAGUCCUCAACCUCACCAAACCUAGAAUGGAGGGAGGACAUGGAUCAAGGGGGCACAGGAGUCUACCUUACCCACUCAGAAAGAGAGAUGGAAAGAUGCAUUAUGAAUGUAAUGUUUGUUACAAAUCUUUUGGACAGUUAUCAAAUUUGAAGGUACACCUUCGUACCCAUACUGGGGAAAGGCCUUUUGUGUGCCAGACCUGUGGGAAAGGAUUCACUCAGCUUGCUCAUCUUCAGAAACACCAUCUUGUCCAUACCGGUGAGAAACCUCAUGAAUGUACUGUCUGUGGAAAGAGAUUCAGCUCAACAUCCAACCUCAAAACUCACAUGCGCCUUCAUUCAGGGGAAAAGCCAUUUCAUUGUAAACUUUGUCCAGCCAAAUUCACUCAAUUUGUCCAUCUCAAACUUCAUAAGAGACUGCACACAAACGAACGCCCAUACGAGUGCCCACAAUGUAACCGUAAAUACAUUAGUGCUAGUGGACUCAAAACUCACUGGAAAACUGGAAACUGCAUACCAGCAGGUUUGAACAUUGACUAUAACACACUGUUAGAAAAUACUCACCAUGAAGUCAUCAGCCAGGACAGGCAGGAUGGCUACAACGAAACCAUGGACGGUGAGAAAUUUGAGAAAUAUGACCAAGAACUGGAGGAGGACCUCUCCAAUCAGAGUCAUUUAGACUCUUUUAAUAACAACAUGGACAGUCCUAGUGCUAUGGGAAGCUUGAAUCAUCUAAGGUUGAACAGCUGUAGCAGUAGUGUUAAUGGUAGUGAUGAGGAGGGGGAGAAAAACCCUCCCUCCCCAACGUAUUCUGACCCAGAGAAUAGCAGCACGAGUAUGUUUGGGAAACCUGUUGAAUACACCAUGUCUCCUUCACCCCCAAAACUGUCCUCCCCACCCCCUGUCUCAAACACUGAGCAGACUGUUUCAGCGUAAUGUAACAGGAUUAGUGAUGAUGUAGAUCCUAGGUCAAUUAACAAUUUAAUGCAUAAUUAUUCAAGCAUGUUAUUUGCAUAAUAUCAGUUAGAACAUGACACGUAUGUCUCUUAUGAAGUAGAUUUGAUGACCAGACAAUAUUUACUUUGUCUCAGAAUUACAGGGGACCACUUUUGUCAGGAAAAAAGUGAGCAUUCAAUUUUUAUUAUGAAAUCCAUGUUAAUGACAAUUUGUUUUCCCCUUUAUGUAAUAUCAUAAUGCAUUAUUUAAACAGAGUUAUGAUUAAUUUUGGUUUUUUUUUACU